UUUAUUUUGGCCUAGCAGAACAUUGACAGUGCACAAUCACGUCAGUUUUUGCCAGCUGGAAGUGAAGAGGAGUCGCUGGUCUAUAAUAAAAUACAUAUUUCAAUAUUUUCUUGGAAAGGAUUAAUUACUUGCAGAAAUCUAUGCACAUUUGUGAAGGAAUUUGGAAAAUCUGGACAAUAAGAAAUGGCAAAAGUUGUCAUUGCCGCGCUGGACUCGAGUAUAGUUGUCAAUUUGCUUUGCAAGGAUGGCAAAGUUUGUGAAAAAGUGGACGAAUUGGCGACAAUGAUGAAUAUCAACCCGUUAGAGUGGGAGGCAAUGCAGAAACUGAGGUCGGGAAUUCCAGGCGUUGCACCUACCCCGGAUGACGACGCGUGGGUCCUGUUCCUAACUCUGGUGGACCUUUGGGUUGAGCAGGAAGGAAAAUUGGCAAAUGUGCGAAACCUCGUCGGAAUUUUGAAUAGCAUAGGAUGUUAUGAGUGUGCAGACAAAAUACCAAUACAAUUCAACCCAGAGAUGACUUUUAUCACUAAGAAAUCGCUUCCAGAAUUUCUACAUUUUCUAAACCAGCAGCCAAGAACCGGGCUCGUUUGGGUGUUCCCGCUAAACAAGGAUAUUCAAAAUAUUACCCGAUCCGAAGAGCGGGAAACCAUUUUGGUCGCUUUGAACGAAAUAAUGGCCCUAGAAGCGAAAAAUUUAAUCAUUUCUGGGCAUAGAGGAAGCGGAAAAGAGGAACUCUUGAUGUCUGCAUUAGAUCACAAGUGGCAGCUGGGUCGCAAUUCGCCCCACAUCUUUUGGGUUAAGGCGGAAAACGCUCAUAACGUUUGGACUUUCAUCGUUGAAGUUGCCAAAUACCUUAAGAUCCCGCUCGUAUCCGGAUUCCACUCCCAGGUCACCUUAACGCUGGUCCAAAUCGUAGCUGAAAUUGAGAAACACUUGCUCCUUCGAUACAACUAUGUCGAGCCCAGUAUCCAAACGCUUAUAAUCUUCUCCGGAGUGGAGACCCUGUUUCCAGAGCUGGUUGAAGUACUGGAAGCCCUGCAAACGCUGAAUGUCGUGAGCACCGUGAUCUGCGUGGAAGACGGCAGCAUUUUUGACGGGAUAAAAAAUUUUAAGGGAAGCAAGAGGUACCACGUCCCGCCAGCGGGAAACCAAGAAGCGGUAGAAUUUCUGCGGAGUUUGCGAGCAAGUAAUAACGCCAAGGAUUUCGAGCUAUGUGAACUGCUUGAAUUCAAUUUUAGUGCGCUGCAAUUUGCCGCGGAUUUCAUGAAGGCAAGGGAAAUUACAGUGGAACAAUACAUUGCGCAAUUCCGGGAUAAAAUUAAAGGAAAAGAAGGUGGUUUUGAUGAAGUCAUAUUUCCCGCACAAGUAAACUUAUUAAUGGACGGGGUAACGCCUGAUGAGAAAAUGCUUAUCGAAAUUUUAUCCUUUAUCGAGCACAACGUACGCGUAAGGAGAGACGAUCUCAAGAGAUUUUACAACCUUGGAAAUCCCGCCGGUCAAAAUUUCGAAGAAACGCUAUCAACUUUAAUGAACUUAGGAAUUUUACGGAUUGAAAUUGGUGUCGAUGAGGGUUGGCUGUACCCGAAGAACAUUUCCACUAUUGCGAAAUGCGUCAGAACUAAUUCAGAUGGCGCUGUGGUCUCGCAAAUCCUGAAAAACAUGAACUUGUCCGACUUCAAGGAGAGGAAUCCUGUCGUGAAGAUAUUGGUUUUAUGGUAUCACGCGGUCGAGCGCUUAUCAAAGGAUGAAGUUAACGUAUUGUCCCCAAUUUCCGAGCAGAUAUCCGACCACUUGAUCGCUCUCAGGGAAUUCACUUUCGACUGUUUCGUAUUUUCGAGGGAGAACGUGCACAAAAUGGGGGACAAGUUGGGGCCGGAUCAUCUUCAGGUUACCGCCCUGGAACACAAUUUGGCCUGCGCGAUACGUUAUUGGGGCAAAUGGGAAGAAUCUGUAGAUCUCUUUAGAAAAGUGUACGACAAAUUCUUGACUAUCGAGGGGAGUCCGCAUGGGCCAUAUUGCAUCAUAACGAUGAGAAACUUAGCUGAUACACUCAGCCAUUUGAAGAAAUAUGACGAGGCCGCGGAUUGGCGGAGUUUACAAGUGGAUCUUCUUUCCGAUGAGGGUGAGAUUCUAGCGGCUAAAGGGAGGUUAGCGGAGGAAUUAAUUCUUGGUGGGAAAAUUCAAGAGGGGAAAGAAGUUGGUGAGGAUGCCUUGAUAAAUUGGAGUGGAGAGAAAACAGUGGAAUUUUUUGGGGUUAAAUUUGCAGUCGGGAGAGGACUUCGGAAAGCGGGAAAGCCAACGGAUGCAAUUCUUCUUUUGGAGGAGGGACUGAAAUCUGUACUAGAACUGGUGGAAAGGAACCCUGAAAUGAGGAUCGCGAAUGUGAUAGACGGCAUGAGAAUGGAGUUGGUCUAUUCGAAAGCUAUGGUGGGUGGGGUCCGAGGAAUGGCGGGACUGCUUAAGGCACAAGACGAAGUAUUUUUGGGCCCCUUGGGGUGGAAAAUGUAGAUUUGAUUGUUUAAUUUAUUGGAAGGCGAGAUAAAGUGAAAUGGUGCCAAACGUAAAGCUUACCCCAGGUGUAAAUGAAGCUAAGGUAUUUGAAAAUGUCACUUGUAGGUAUGCAAAUACGUAAUAAGUCAACUGUUGACAUUUCAUAUGCUAUGUAAUUGAAUUAACUUGGUCAGACUAAUUUUGUAUGAGACUCUCAUCCAAAAUUCAGAUCAAAUUCAUAAAAGAUACUAUUGAUUUGACAAUAAUUGAAUGAAGGAAAUACGUAAACGUCUUGAUAUAUUCGCACGACUAGAAAAUAUGGUGAAUUGCAGAAAAUUUGUCGAAAACAUAAUUUUGAUUACAAUAAAUAAAUAUGUAUGUACAUACAUAUGUAUGAACCUUAUUGACUAUUAAUAUCUUAUACUUAAUUGUUUGUUGGUAACAAAUUAUAAAUAAACACAAAAACAAAAAGGGUGUCAAACUGCAUCGUAAAUUUAGCAAAUUUAUAUUCACAAGAUUUAGUUUCCCAUAUUUGGAUAUGUAUGUAUAUGUAAAUUGUUAAGAGAUUGACUAGUUUUUAUAAGAAAUAAUUAAUUACGAAUCGGUUGCGAAGAGAUUUAUAAAAGAGCAUAAAGAUUGAGACGAAAUUAUUGUGCAUGCCAUGAACAUUCUUGACCAUUAAAACCCAUAUGCAUCAUUGUCAUCAUGGGAACUGCUGAGCAUUUAUGAAAACCCACAUAACAUCAGGUUCACUAUUGCACAAACCUACACUAUUACGUGGACCAAUGGUUAUCCUCGUUUGUUAUUUACUUGUCGCAAUAAAUUAUUUUACACUUCUGACAACGAUGUGCGAAUCCAUUCCUUAACCCUGAAUGAGUGCAAUAACGACUAUAUUAACGACAGUAUAGAUUACAAUAUCUUCUCGUUUGACAAUACAUAAAGACACACAUUUUCUGUGUGAGAAUCCAGUACAAAAGUCUGGCUUGUCAAACUUAAACUCAUCUCAUACUAAACAAAAUUUGUAUCGGUCACGCAUGUGAAUAAAGUAAGUUUUAAUUUUGAUGAGUAAAAAGACGAUUGAAGUACACUCUAAGAAAUUGGGUGACAGGCGUUAUCACCAUGCGAGUGGAGAUAGCAAGGAUCACCGUAAUGGUGAUAAACCUAUCACCGAAAUUUGUCACCAUUGGUAGUGACAACCGCUACCACCGUACGAUGGUAGUAGUCUCUCUGCACGUGGCUCAGAGUACGUGGCGGAGGAAACAAAUAAUACCGUCCCCAAAUAUUGGUGCAUUUAUUGACACGUUGGAGAAAAAUUCGGACGUGGAGACCUCGAUUCGCCUGGAUGACGAUGACGGGACAAAAAUUAACGAAGUAAUGUUUCCAUAAAAUUUAGUUGCUUUUUUGCAGCUGUAAAUACACAUGUAUGUACAUCAUUAAUUAAUGUAUAUUUUUUUUAAUUGGUCCGCCAACUGUAAUCGAUCCGAGGUCACCGGUUGUACUUCAAAAAUAUCGUCGAUAGUACAACAGCAUAUGUACUUGCAAAUGCAAAAAUUGGGACAAAGCUCUUCCAACUGAAAGUGUCCUACAUGUCGUUACUGGAAAUUUCGCAACUUUAAUUGCUGGUGCCACAAUGGUGAGAGGUUUUACAUACAUAUAUAUUUAUACAUAAGUAUUAAUUAUCUGUUUAAAUACUUGAAUAAACUAAUAAAUUAUGAAAAAUGUGA